AUGCAAGCUCAAGGGCGUGACAAUGUGGCAGCCCAGGCUGCUGAGAUGGUAGCCGCUGCUGCUGUGAAUGAGAAUCAAGCUAAUGUUGGACAGGCGCAGCCAGCAGGAGUUAGACCGAUGCACCAGUUGGUGGAGCAGUUUCUCAAGCUGAAACCGCCCAAGUUCACGGGCAUAGGUGACUCUGAAACCGCCCCACGUUGGGUGGAAGAAUUGGAGAAGGCGUUUGACUUGUUGGGAUGUACUGAGACCGAAAAGAUUUCGUUGGCGACUUAUCAGCUGCAAGACAAUGCCAACGACUGGUGGAAGGCUGUCAGGGACAGAGUAUUCCCGAUUGGUACCGCCCAGACUUGGGCGAUGUUUGUGGAAAUCGUUAAUAGUAAGUAUUCCUUUGAAAGUGCCCAGGAACAAAAGUUGGCGGAGUUCAUGAGGCUUCAUCAGGAGCAGAGAACAGUAAGCCAGUACGAGGCUGAGUUCACUCAAUUAUCUAGGUUGCCUAAAAAAUAA